AUGCAUGAGGGUAGUUUAAGUGGACACUUUGGCAUACAAAAGACCUUAGACAUGCUAAGUGAACAUUUUUACUGGCCUAAAAUGUUGGGAACUAUAGGCAAAUACAUUUUGAAAUGUGAGACUUGCAUUAAGGCAAAACUCACCUUCCAUAGAGGUGAAUAUAGACCCUUACCUGUAGCUGAAAAACCUUGGGAGCAUGUGAGUAUGGACUUUGUUAAGGCUUUGCCAAGGACACAGAGGCAAAAGGAUUCUAUCAUGGUUGUGGUUGAUAGAUUCUCAAAAAUGGCCCACUUUAUUGCUUGCACUAAAGUGGAUGAUGCCAAACACAUAGCAAGGCUAUAUUUUGAUGAGGUUGUGAGACUACAUGGGGUACCCAAGACCAUUAUAUCUGAUAGGGAUGGUAAAUUCCUUAGUUAUUUUUGGAAGACCCUGUGGAAACUGAAGCAGAAAGAUGCAGUGGAUCAUGCUGAGGAGCUGCUGAAAGUGCAUAAAAUGGUCAAGGAAAAUAUCUGCAAAGCUAAUGUGAAAUACAAACAAAAAGCAGAUGGGAAGCACCAACCUAGAGCACCACUGAAGGAAGGAGACCUGGUCUGGUUACACCUCAGAAAGGAGAGAUUUCCUCAGUUGAGAAAAAACAAAUUGAUGCCCAGAGCAGCAGGCAAAUCAAGAAUUGGGUCAAUUCUUUCCCAAGAAGGAGGAGUUGAACCAUAUUCGCCCUGCUCAGAAUAUGGUCCAAGUACAGGGGAACUACAAGUUGUUCCCACUGAAGCUGUUGCUAUUCCCACUGAAGCUGUUCCCACUGAUCCUACUGUUCCUACUGCUCCUACUCAAACAAAUCAUGAGCGUCUAAGUUUGGAACAUGUAGAGAACAAAAAUCCACACCACGAGCCAGCUACUCCGACCCAAGAGGUACGCAAGAAAACCAAAGGCCACACAGCAUGCUCAAACAGUCAAGACACUGCCCAGCAGUCUGCUUACGACCAGGCCACCUUACUCUGUUGCCUGAGACUUAACCACGAGCUUCAAAGGGGUGACCAAGGAAGAUAUGACAUCUUGGCACAUGGACCUAGCCAUCAAGGGCCUAGGACCCUACUGGCAAUAAUCAUAGAAGCCGGGAGAACCAGCACAAGGUGCCCCAGUCACUAG